UCCAUACUUUAUUCUUGUUUCCUACUGUCCCUUUUCUUCCGCUACCUGUACUUAUUUGUUUUGGCUGUGUUUUGUCAAAAAUAACGGGCUGAUAACAUUUGGGGGAGCACAUUGUGUGGCAUAUGAAACUGGCAGUGUCAGGUUUGGCUGAGACAACACGAACGAGAAAGACUGAGACCGACAUAAAAUAACAGACUAUUCCGAUAGAAAAACGGGCACAACCGGGACAAGUAAACAGACGUUUAAAGGAGUCAGACAAGACAACUGAUAAAAGAAUCAGCAUGGAAUUUAAGUGGAAGAAAGAGACUCUAAAAGUGGAGGUGGAGAAAUUUGGAAAAGCUAAUAUCACGGUACGACAACAAUUGGAUCUUGUGUGGCCCUGUUUGGGAGAAUUGGCUGGAAAUAAGGCUAGAGAAAAGACAGAAUUAGUAAGAAAAACUCGUGAGCAAAUCGACCAAGCACAAAAAUGUGGUUUUUUCCCGCAAGAUUUGGAGCAUGUUGACGUACUCAAGGCAGUGGCAAUAAUUAUGGCUGGAUUUGAUGAAUUGGCACCUAAUUCUGUGCCGAGAUCAUCUCCUUCUACAGGCGCGGCGGAGCCCGACGAACGAGGGGAUUUGGACCCGGAAGCUGAAUUGGUAAAAUGCUGGAAUACUAGAGAAGACCGCUGCAAGCCACGAGUGUAUGUUGCUAAAAAUAACCUCGGACAGGGUUGUGGAGGGUACUGCAGAAAGGAACUUUAUGACACAGUAGUUCAAGGGGUACGACAAACGGUACACGAUGUAUUCUCUUCUGAGUUUGAAGAUGAGACAGAGACAGAGGGUCCACAGGCGUGUGCUCAGGGCAAGCAGCAGAGGGAGGAGGAAGAAGGCCCCUCCAUGGGAACUUGGCCAAUCUUAUCAACCGCGGACGGAGAUAAGGGACGAGGCGCAACACUCACAACUUCCAAUGACAGGGCAGAAACAAACACUGUACAAUAUCAAACGAGAUCAGCCACAAAGCCCCAAAUACAGGCACCAUUGUUAACAGCAGCGCACGACCCUCACACCCGCAUUUACUCUCCAUUUAGCCUCACAGACCGCGCUUGUCUGACUGACAAGCUGCCCGCCCCUAGUGGAGGCGGUGCAAUAUUUAUGCAGAGAUUUACAGAUGCAACACAAGGACUGCCAUUGGGGAUGGGCGAUUUAAGGGCAAUUUGUGGGACUAAGCUAACUUUUCAGGAGCUGAGGAAUCUAGAGGAGAUCGCCGGCACCCACAACUUGCGGGACGAGCUCCCACUUACGGGCGCAAUUUUACGCGAGGUCGGUAGCGCCAUGCGACGAAUGUUUCCUGCCCCUCUGGGGCUCUUGUCGAACUGUGUCUUUCAGAUGGGGAAGAGUGAGACAGGCUUGGCAUAUUUGUCACGUACCCGACGCGAGUGGACAGAGGCCUCUGGGAUGGAUCCAUCAGCUAGCCUGUUAAUGACACAGCUUUAUCGGGAAGCGGUUUUGAAAGGCAGCCCUGUAGAAGUGGCUGACCAGCUAAGAGAUGAUCCGUCACUAACAAACGCUGAUCAGGCUGAGUGGAAAACGCAUUUUUUACACCGUCACACAAGAUUUCAGGAGAGAGAGAAAUCCAAUGCGGAUAGAGAAGAGGCAAUGAGAAAAGAACUUUUGCAAUUACAGGUGCAGGAAGCGAAACGAGCAAAUACUGCCUACAAAAAAGAUAAGCAAAUGACGCAACAAACAUCACUGGAUGCUGCAGGACAGGGCUCAUCUCCUGCUCACGCGCCAAGACCAGGUGAGGCACAAAGUCAGUUUUUGCCACAGCUGCCCGCUCCACCUACUCAACUGGCAUUACCAGCCCCACCGCCGGCACCGACAAUACAAGGUGCUCAACUGGCCCUGACGUACCCAGGACAGUUCCCUAUGCAACAAUAG